GGAUCCAGGCCUUGUGGCUGCCCCGGAAACGGAAGUGACCGAACGGUGCCGGGUCACACCGGCGGCCAUCUCUCCCUCGAUCCAGGCUCUGGGGCUCCAGACUGGGCCCUAUUCGCGGAGGAAGAGGAGGAGGAGGAGGAGGAUCGUCUCCAUCGCCGCGGCUCCGCGCGGAUCUGCUGAGAUGUCGGACUUUGUGGAAAGCGAAGCUGAGGAAUCUGAGGAAGAGUACAACGAAGAAGGGACCGUAGUUCCAAAGAAACCCAAGAAAUUCAUAGAAGAUGAUGAUGAGGAGGAAGAGGAAGAUAAUGCUGAUGACCAGGAUGAACAGGGGAAUUUGAAGGAUUUCAUCAAUGACGAGUUGGACGAGGAUGAGGAAGAUGAUGACGAGGCAGGGAGCGAUGCUUCCGGAACAUCCGACAGCAUUGCCAAGAAGAGAAAGCGGAAGGCUUAUGAUGACAGACUAGAAGACGAUGAUUUCGACCUCAUUGAGGAAAAUCUGGGUGUCAAAGUCAAAAGGCAAAAGUUCCGGCGUGUGAAAAAAGUCUCUGAUGACGAGGACGAGGAGGAGGAAGAACAUUCCAAGAAAGGCCACGAGAAGGAAGCCAUCGCUGAUGAACUCUUCCCAGAGUUUGACGGGGAAGAAAGAGAGCAGGUCGAGGCUCCGGUCAUUCCUCCCGAGGAAGAGGAGGAGGAGGAAGAAGAGGAGUCUGAUAUCGAUGACUUUAUCGUCGAUGAUGACGGGCAGCCACUCAAGAAACCAAAGUGGAAGCGAAAGUUUCCAGGGUACACAGAUGCUGCCCUUCAGGAAGCUCAGGAGAUCUUCGGGGUGGACUUCGAUUACGACGAGUUCGACAAGUACAACGAGUACGACGAGGAGCUGGAGGACGAUUACGAGUACGAAGACGAGGAGCUCGGUGAAGGGGAGACCAGGGCCCGUCCGAAGAAAACCGCCAAAAAGCGUGUCAGCCGCCGGAGUAUCUUCGAGAUCUAUGAGCCGAGCGAGCUCGAAAGCAGCCACCUCACUGACCAGGACAAUGAGAUCCGAGUGACCGACAUGCCCGAGAGGUUCCAGCUUCGUGGCAUUCCAGUCAAGCCAGCUGAGGAUGAUGAGCUAGAGGAAGAGGCAGAGUGGAUCUACAGAAAUGCCUUCUCAACGCCAAGUAUCUCUUUACAGGAGAGUUCGGAUUACCUGGAGAGGGGCCAAGGUGUUAGCAACUUCAGCAGAAAAGGUCCCAGCACCAUCCAGAAGAUCAAAGAGGCGCUCAAUUUUAUGAGGAACCAGCACUUUGAGGUACCUUUCAUUGCCUUCUACAGAAAGGAAUACGUGGAGCCAGAGCUGAACAUCAAUGACCUGUGGAAGGUCUGGCAGUGGGAUGAGAAGUGGACACAGCUGAAGAAUCGGAAAGAGAACCUCACACGCCUGUUCCAGAAGAUGCAGGCUUACCAGUACGAGCAAAUCUCCGCUGAUCCCGACAAGCCGCUGGCAGACGGGGUGAGAGCGCUGGACACAACGGACGUCGAAAGAUUGAAGGACGUGCAGUCCAUUGACGAGCUACGAGACGUGUACAAUCAUUUCCUGCUGUAUUACGGCCGCGAUAUUCCAAAAAUGCAGAACGCCUCCAAAGUGACAAAGAAGAAAUACAAGAAGAACCAGCAGGGGAGAGAGGACGAGGAGGAAGGGGAGCGAGACGAGGUUGAAGAGGAAGAGCGGCUUCCCACGGAGCUUAAGCAGGCGUCUCGCAGAGACAUGUACACCAUCUGCCAGAGUGCCGGCCUAGAUGGCCUUGCCAAGAAGUUCGGUCUGACUCCUGAACAGUUUGGUGAGAAUCUCCGAGACAGUUACCAACGUCACGAGACUGAGCAGUUUCCCGCUGAGCCCCUGGAACUGGCCAAAGAUUACGUUUGCAGUCAGUUUUCAUCGCCUGAAAACGUGCUGGAAGGCUCUCGGUACAUGGUGGCCAUGCAGAUUGCCCGCGAACCCUUGGUCAAGCAGGUGGUGAGGCAGACCUUCCAAGAACGAGCCAAGAUUAACAUCAUGCCCACAAAGAAAGGCAAAAAGGAUAUCGAUGAGGCGCACUACGCCUACUCCUUCAAAUACAUAAAGAACAAGCCCGUUAAAGAGCUCAGAGAUGAUCAGUUUCUGAAGAUGUGCCUUGCCGAGGAUGAGGGUCUGUUCACCCUAGAUAUCUGCAUUGACAUGAAAGGACUCGAAGGUUACGGCAGUGACCAGACUUACUUUGAGGAAAUCAAGCAAUUUUACUACCGCGACGAGUUCAGCCACCAAGUGCAGGAGUGGAACAAACAGCGGAGCAUGGCCAUCGAAAGGGCACUAAACCAGUUCCUCUACCCGCAGAUGGCUAAGGAACUUAAAAACAAGCUGCUCAUUGAGGCGAGGGACUACCUGUGCAAGGCAUGCAGCCGCAAGCUUUACAAUUGGCUAAAGGUCGCACCGUACCGGCCCGACCAGCAGAACGAAGAGGACGACGACGACUUCAUGGAGGAGAAUCAAAGCAAAGGAGUCCGAGUCCUGGGGCUGGCAUUUUCGGGAGAGAGGGACACGCCAGUCUUCUGCUCUCUUGUUAAUGGAGAUGGUGAAGUGACCGAUUUCCUUCGCCUACCCUACUUCCUGAAGCGAAGGAAUGCCUGGCGAGAGGAGGAGAGGGAGAGGAAGGCUCAUGAUAUUGAAACAUUGAAAAAAUUUCUGCUGAACAAGAAGCCUCACGUCGUGGCUGUUGGUGGAGAAAACAGGGAUGCACUGAUGGUCAUCGAAGACAUCAAGCGGGUGGUGAACGAACUGGAACAGGAGCACCAGAUGUCACCCAUCGGAGUACAGAUGGUGGAUAAUGAGCUCGCCAUGCUCUACAUGAACAGCAAAAAGUCUGAAAAUGACUUCCGCGAUUACCCUCCGCUAUUGCGGCAAGCUGUGUCAUUGGCUCGCCGGGUACAGGACCCGCUUGUUGAGUUUGCUCAAGUCUGCAGCUCGGACGAAGACAUCAUGUGCCUCAAAUUCCACCCGUUACAGGAUCAAGUAAUAAAGGAAGAGUUAUUCAAUGCACUUUACUGCGAGUUUAUCAACCGGGUGAACGAAGUGGGCGUGGAUGUCAACAGAGCGAUCACCCACCCGCACACUCAGGCGCUGGUUCAGUACGUCUGUGGGUUAGGACCUCGCAAAGGAUCACAUUUGCAAAAGAUCCUGAAACAGAAUAACACCCGUCUGGAAAACAGGACCCAGCUAGUCACCAUGUGCCACAUGGGACCAAAAGUCUUCAUCAACUGCGCGGGAUUUAUUAAGAUCGACACUGCCUCGCUAGGGGACAGCACCGAUUCCUAUAUCGAGGUCCUGGACGGUUCCCGAGUCCAUCCUGAAACGUACGAGUGGGCCAGGAAAAUGGCCGUCGAUGCGCUGGAGUACGAUGAGUCGGCAGAGGAUGCUAACCCUGCCGGAGCUUUGGAAGAAAUUCUGGAAAAUCCCGAACGGCUUAAGGAUCUCGACCUGGAUGCAUUUGCGGAAGAGUUGGAGAGGCAGGGUUAUGGCAACAAAGGUAUCACUCUGUAUGACAUUCGAGCUGAGCUGAGUUGUAGGUAUAAGGACUUGCGUGUGCCUUGCCGAUCACCAAACCCAGAGGAGAUCUUCAACAUGCUAACAAAGGAAACUCCAGAGACCUUCUACAUCGGUAAGUUGAUUACCUGCAACGUGACUGGGAUUGCUCACAGAAGACCUCAGGGUGAAAGUUAUGACCAGGCUAUAAGGAAUGAUGAAACUGGCCUCUGGCAGUGUCCGUUCUGCCAACAGGACAACUUUCCAGAACUCAGUGAGGUCUGGAACCAUUUCGACAGCGGUGCCUGCCCUGGCCAGGCUAUUGGAGUGAAAACCAGGCUGGACAAUAACGUAGCGGGUUUCAUUCCAACCAAAUUCCUCAGCGACAAGAACGUUAAACACCCGGAGGAGAGGGUCAAGAUCGGCAUGACCGUCCACUGCCGAAUCAUGAAGAUCGACAUUGAGAAGUUCAGUGUGGACCUCACGUGUAGGACCUCGGACCUGAUGGACAAGAACAACGAAUGGAAGUUGGUCAAGGACACGUACUAUGACUUCGACGCUGAAUCGGCAGAUCAGAAGGUCGAGGACGAAGCCAAGAAGAAACAACAACGCACGAUGUACAUCAAGAGGGUAAUAGUGCACCCGUCGUUCCACAACAUCAACUUCAAGCAGGCUGAGAAAAUGAUGGAAACCAUGGAUCAAGGAGAUGUCAUCAUUAGGCCCAGCAGCAAAGGAGCGAAUCACUUAACCGUGACCUGGAAAGUGGCAGAAGGGAUUUACCAGCACAUUGACGUGCGAGAGGAAGGCAAAGAGAACGCCUUCAGUCUGGGACAGUCUCUCUGGAUCAACAAUGAAGAAUUUGAAGACCUGGAUGAAAUUACUGCUCGCUACGUACAGCCCAUGGCGAUUUUUGCCCGCGACCUGUUGGACCAUAAAUACUACCAGGAUUGCAACGGUGGAGACCGCAAGAAAAUGGAAGAACUUCUAGCAAAAACCAAAAGGGAAAAACCCUCUUUUAUUCCCUAUUUCGUUUCCGCCUCAAAGGAAUUGCCAGGAAAGUUUUUGUUGGGCUACCAACCUCGUGCUAAAUCAAGGGUUGAGUUUGUAACAGUGACCCCGGAAGGUUAUCGCUAUCGAGGGCAGAUGUUCCCAUCCAUAAACGGACUGUUUCGAUGGUUUAAAGAUCAUUUCCAGGAUCCCGUACCAGGCAUUACACCUUCCAGCACGAGCCGAUCCAGCAGGACCCCAGCCUCUAUCGAUGCGACGCCGGCUAAUAUCAAUCUGGCGGAUCUCACACGAGCUGUCAACGCUCUCCCGCAGAACAUGACGACGCAGAUGUUCAAUGCCAUCGCGGCCGUGACUGGGCAGGGUCAGAAUCCAAAUGCUACGCCAGCCCAGUGGAGCUCCAGUCAGUACGGCUAUGGCGGAAGCAGUGCCUAUCACGUGUUUGCCACUCCGCAACAGCCGGUAGCAACCCCGCUAUUGACCCCGAGCUAUUCCUACACGACGCCCAGCCAGCAACCCAUCACCACCCCACAGUACCACGGGAACGCCACGCCGCAAAGCUCUCACGCUCCUCCCUCUACUUCCCGGCAAAGAUCCCAGCCAAAGUCUUCGACUGCUCACACCGCGGUUGAUUGGGGUAAGAUAGCCGAACAGUGGCUGCAGGAGAAGGAACAGGAGCGGCGGAAACAGAAGGCCAAGAUGACUCCCCGUCCAUCCCCCAGCCCCAUGAUCGAAGGCACCCCCAUGUCCAUCGCUGGCGACGCCACCCCACUGCUGGACGAAAUGGAUCGGUAGAGGAGGAGGAGGAGGAGGAGAAAACAAACGGCAUUUGAACUUCAAUCCCAGUUUGCCUGGACCUGCUAAUUUCAGUGUUUCCCUUAUACCAAAAAAAAAGCUGCAGUUUUUUGCCUGGGAAAUUUUUAUUUUCUACGCUAUGUAUUGGCUGUUUUUCCGAAUGUCUGUGACACUCAGUAUUGCUUAUACAAAGGGGAAGUUUGACACUUUCAGAAGGACUGAGGGAAAAUCACUGGAUUGUUAGAAGGAAUGAAUGAAUGAAGGAAUGAAUGGAUGGAUGGAUGGAUGGGCCGAAGGGCGUGACUACUCUGCCAAAGGCUGAAACUCGGAGAGUGCAUCUCUCUGCCCUAUUAAGACUUGCACACGUGCAAAAAGAAAGCCUGUUUACAGCCUAAUUUUAAUCUCCAAGGAGCUAGUGUUUCAUAUCUGUUAAGUCAUUGACAGCCCCACAUUUGGGUUCUCAACUCCUUAACAAAUGCGACCUUUUUUUUUCAUAUGCUAUGAUGAUGUACAUAAGUAGAUCUACUCGAAAACUUUUUUUUUGUUUUAAAACUGUGUUCUUGUCAACGAUUGCCACAGGUAUGCGAUACAUAUUUCUUUUUGGGUGGGAAAAAGGCGAUUCAAAUUGUACUUGGUUUAAUAAGCUUCAUUUUUUCUCUUGUCCCCCACCAACCCCCCCCCC